AUGUUCAAGAAAUUUGGAUACGAGACGACAAGGGCAACCUCGGACAAAAGCAAAGAUGUAGCCCCAUCACAAACCCAAAAGAAGAAGUCACAGGAUUUGGACAAGAGAAUAGACGCCAGUAUUAAGAGCAUUCAAGAUAUGCAUCACCAGAGAGAACACAAUGCUCCACGUCUUGGUCAUGAUGGAACAGCAGAACCAUCCAUAGAGGCACCGGAACCAGCAAUUCGACACUCGGAAGAAGCACCCGCGGCAUCGAAACGGAAUAGUCGAUUAAGAUCGAGGAGGAGUGUGGGUGCAGCUGAUGGAGAAAGAAUUAAAACAGUGGCUGAUGGGCCUAGCAAGCGAAUAUCGGAUGGUGCUGGUAGACGGCGAUCAAUUGGUAUGACCAAAACAACAAAGACGGCAGUACCAUCAUUGGAGGCUUGGGCACACUUUGAAGAUGAGCGCAAAAAGGCAGCUCCAGCACCAACGCCUUCAAAAGGUAGACGGGCUGCUGGGAACCGAAGAGCGACAGCGAAAACAAACCAGACGAGACAUGCGGAAGAUACGAAUAUAGUGUGGCGCAGAGAACCUACAAGAGGGCGCAGAAAAGAAAUGGCUAGAUCUCCGUUUCCAAGGAAUAGGAUCACAACACAACGAGCGUCACGCAACCGAAGCCGGAGCAGAUCCGAUCAUAGCCGGGAUUUUGAAAUGUCUCCUGACAGUUCGAGUUCACCAAACCACGGAAGAAAAUCAGUUCCGAUUUCAAACAGAGAUGAUGCCGACGGCAUAUCAAAGGCACCCAUAGUGGAAAUCAAAUCGGAUGUGAUAGACAACAGUACGCGCUCUGACAUGACAUCGCAGAGCGAACCAAGGGUAUGGAGAAAUCGUCGUGCUACUAAGGGUCCGAUGCCAAUGCAUGCUGGAAAACCACCACCAAAACCAUCGCCAGAACUAGAAGUGGAAUCUGGUGUUGCUUCGCCAUCGGCUACUCAUGAACGACUAUCUGGCAAUCGUGAAAAGCGAAGACCUUCUCAUGACAGAGCUAUCGUUAUUUCUCUCGGCAGUUUAGGUUCAAACAGAUGGUCAACAAGGGGAGAAAGGCGGUUGAUUCGAAACACUGACGCAGCUGAACUAGAAAGUAAUGAUGCUUUGGAUCACAGCAAGCGCUCUGUAGAUCCCGGGAUGCAGAUGUCAUGGCGACAAGAACCAAUUGUACGCAGACAUGUUGGGUCAGUGAAAUCAAUGCGUUCUGGUAAAAGAGAAAUUGUACCAAAAAUAUCCGUAGCCGAUGGCCCAAAACUGGAAAGUAGCAAGGACGAUAGUUUGGAUCGCCGCAAACGCUCUGCAGAAACGCAGACAACAUGGCGGCGGGAACCAAGCGUACCAAAAAAUCUUGGCUCAGUCACUGUCCCGGUACCAAUGCGCUCUGGGGGGAGACUAUCAAGACCAUCUGGAGUUGAUGACUUCAAAUUUUUGUAUGAGCUGGAGAGUAAUAAUGACGACGGUUUUGAGCGCUCUAUAGAAAUGGAAAUAAGAUGGCAACGGGAACCAAGUGUACGCAGAAAUGUUGGGUCAGUGAAACCAAUGCGUCCCGGUAAGAUUAUAAUGGUACCUAAAAUACGCGCAGCUGAUGGCACAAAACUGGAAAGUAGCAAGGAGAAUGGUUUAGACCGCAGCAAAGACUCUGUAGAGACCGAGAUAACAUGGCGGCGAGAACCAAGUGUGCGAAAAAAUCUUGGGCUAGCUAAUACUCCGGUACCAAUGCGCUCUGGGAAGAGACUAUCAGGACCAUCUGGAGUUGACGACUUCAAAUUUUUAUCUGAGCUGGAGAGUGGCAGGGAAGGUGACUUGGAGCGUAGCAAACGCUCUGCAGAAAUGGAGAUAUCAUGGCGACGGGAACCAAGCGUAAGAAGAAAUCUCGGUGCAGGUAAAGCUCCGAUAUCAAAGUAUGAUGGAAAAAAAUCGUCAAACACAUCCGGAUCUGAAGGUGAAAAACCAGCAAAUAUCGCUGAUGGGCUUGAGGAUAAGAACGAUUCUUUGGAUCCCAGCGCAGAAAUGCAAAUAACAUGGCGACGUGAACCAAGCAUACGAAAAAAUCUUGGGCUAGCUAAUACUCCAGUUCUGGUACCAAUGCAUUUUCUCAACAUGUCUGAGCUGGAGAGCGGUAUGAGCAGUGGCAUCAGCUCUCCAGACACGGGGAUGACAUGGCGGCGGGAGCCAAGCGCACGCAAAAAUCUUCGGGUGGCUAAAACCCCGUUGCUGGUACCAAUGCAUUUCCUCAAAACGUCUCAGCUGGAGAGUAGGAAUGGCGAUGGUACAGAUCGUAUCAAAGACUCUCUAGAAACGGGGAUCACAUGGCGGCGGGAACCAAGUGUACGAAAAAAUCUUGGGCUAGCUACGACUUCGGUUUCAAUGCGUUCUGGGAAGAGACCAUCAACAAGACCAUCUGGAGCUGAUGACUUCAAAUCUUUAUCUGAGCUGGAGGGUAGCAAGAACGAUGGAAUAGAUCCCAGCAAACGCUCUGCAGAAGUGGAGAUAACAUGGCGACGGGAACCAAGCGUACGAAAAAAUCUUGGGUUGGCUAAUCCUCCGGUACUGGUACCAAUGCGUUUCCUCACAAUGUCUCAGCUGGAGAGUAGGAAGGGCGAUGAUACAGAUCGCAUCAAAGGAUCUGUAGAAACAGGGAUCACAUGGCGGCGGGAACCAAGUGUACGAAAAAAUCUUGGUUUAGCUACCACUCCGGUACCAAUGCGUUCUGGAAAGAGACCAUCAACAAGACCAUCUGGAGCCGAUGACUUCAAAUUUUUAUCUGAGCUGGAGGGUAGCAAGAACGAUGGAGUAGAUUCCAGCAAACGCUCUGCAGAAGUGGAGAUAACAUGGCGACGGGAACCAAGCGUACGAAAAAAUCUCCGGUUAGCUACUACUCCAGUGCCAAUGCAUGAUGGGAAGAGACUACAAGUACCAUCCGGAGUUGGUGACCUCAAAUUUUUAUCUGAGCUGGAUAGUAGUGAGAACACAGAAAUGCAGAUAACAUGGCGGCGAGAACUGAGUGCACGAAGAAAUCUUGGGCCAGUGAAAGCUCCGAAAUCCAUGCGUUCUGGAAAGAGAUCACAUAAAGCAUCCGGAAACCGACCACAGCAGAAUCGAAACAAGAAUGGCGGAGUGGAAUCUGCUGGCAAAUCGUUACGCGAAAGAUGUAUGAUUCAGCGGGCGAAUUCAUCCGAAGGACAUGCACUUGUUCUCUCGGGCGCUAUUGGUACAGAUAGUGAUCAUGUCAACAAAGAUGGAAUCGGAGAAAUCGCGAAACUGUUGGAACGAAGUAACAGGCUCGAGAAAAAGAACGGAAGCCGCAAGGUAGAGAAUGGGCACUCAAGAGUACGUAGUCGUCGACGUGCAAGGUCACCGGCGCCAGAAACAAAACAACACGCAGCUGCGACCCAUUGGCAACGAAACCCACCAAGCAUCGUAUACUAA